UGGUGAAAGCACUUGCAAUUUUAUUUACUUGAAUUGUGUGAAAAUAAGCAAUUUACUAAGUGAUAGCGGCUUAAAAUUUUAAGGCGCAGGGUGCAUCGCUGCAUCCGCUAAACCAUGAGUUAUCAGAUACCAUCAUCACAGAGCCGUACGAUGACACAUAGCAACUAUAGUGGUUCUGAUGUGCCAAUGGCACCAAGCAAGGAGCAGCAGACCCUCAUGUGGCAGCAGAAUUCAUAUUUGGUGGAUUCUGGUAUCAACUCUGGGGCGGCCACUCAGGUACCAUCUCUCACUGGCAAGGAAGAUGAUGAGAUGGAAGGUGAUCAGCUCAUGUUUGAUCUGGACCAGGGUUUUGCCCAAGGAUUCACUCAGGAGCAAGUGGAUGACAUGAACCAGCAGCUGUCUCAAACCAGGUCCCAGCGUGUGCGCGCUGCCAUGUUUCCUGAGACAUUAGAAGAAGGUAUUGAAAUCCCCUCGACACAGCUGGAUCCAGCCCAGCCCACAGCGGUGCAGCGCUUGUCCGAACCAUCGCAGAUGUUGAAACAUGCAGUGGUCAACCUAAUCAACUAUCAAGAUGAUGCUGAUUUGGCUACAAGGGCCAUCCCAGAGUUGAUCAAACUAUUGAACGAUGAGGAUCAAGUGGUAGUGUCUCAAGCUGCGAUGAUGGUUCACCAGUUGUCAAAGAAGGAAGCCUCAAGGCAUGCCAUUAUGAACUCACCGCAAAUGGUCGCGGCUUUAGUGCGCGCAAUCUCUAACAGCAAUGACUUAGAGACAACUAAGGGAGCUGUUGGAACCUUGCACAACUUGUCUCACCACCGACAAGGUCUACUUGCAAUCUUCAAGAGCGGUGGCAUACCAGCCUUGGUUAAACUAUUAAGCUCUCCAGUGGAAUCUGUCCUGUUCUAUGCCAUAACAACCUUGCACAACCUGUUACUUCACCAGGAUGGUUCUAAAAUGGCUGUCCGUCUUGCUGGUGGACUGCAAAAGAUGGUGGCAUUACUGCAAAGGAAUAAUGUGAAGUUCCUGGCAAUUGUGACUGAUUGCCUCCAGAUAUUGGCAUACGGAAACCAGGAGUCGAAGCUAAUCAUCCUUGCUUCCCAAGGUCCCAUCGAGUUAGUGCGUAUCAUGCGUACAUUUGAUUAUGAAAAAUUGCUGUGGACCACAUCAAGAGUGCUGAAGGUUUUGUCUGUCUGCUCAAGCAACAAACCUGCAAUCGUCGAAGCAGGUGGCAUGCAAGCCCUAGCUAUACAUCUCGGCAACCCCAGUGGACGUUUAGUCCAGAACUGUCUUUGGACUUUGAGGAAUCUUUCUGAUGCUGCGACUAAGGUGGAGGGAUUGGAAGGACUGCUUCAAAGCCUGGUGCAAGUGUUGGCUUCAACCGAUGUUAACAUCGUGACUUGUGCUGCAGGAAUUCUUUCUAACUUGACCUGCAAUAACCAACGUAAUAAGGUGACAGUAUGCCAAGCUGGCGGUGUUGAUGCUCUGGUACGCACCGUUGUUUCCGCGGGCGACCGAGAGGAGAUCACUGAACCGGCCGUGUGCGCGUUACGUCACCUCACUUCGCGUCACGUCGAGAGCGAGAUGGCACAAAACGCUGUCAGACUGCAUUAUGGAUUGCCUGUUAUUGUUAAACUCCUGCAACCACCUUCACGCUGGCCGCUGGUGAAGGCAGUGGUCGGCCUAGUUCGCAACUUGGCCUUAUGCCCCGCAAAUCACGCCCCGUUACGCGAACACGGCGCCGUGCAUCAUUUGGUGCGACUCUUGUUACGCGCUUUCAACGAUACUCAGCGGCAACGCGGUUCUGUUACCGGCGGCGGUGGAACGGGUGGCGCGUACGCAGACGGCGUGCGUAUGGAAGAGAUAGUGGAAGGCGCAGUCGGGGCUUUGCACAUUCUGGCGCGAGAGAGUCUCAAUCGCACUCUGAUCCGACAGCAGAACGUCAUACCGAUAUUCGUGCAGCUGCUUUUCAAUGAAAUAGAGAACAUACAACGCGUGGCAGCCGGGGUACUCUGUGAGUUGGCCGCAGAUAAAGAAGGGGCGGAAAUGAUAGAAGCCGAAGGUGCUACGGCUCCUCUCACUGAAUUGCUGCAUUCUCGUAAUGAAGGUGUAGCGACGUACGCGGCGGCGGUGCUGUUCCGCAUGUCCGAGGACAAGCCGCACGAUUACAAGAAGCGGCUCUCCAUGGAGCUGACUAACUCACUGUUCCGCGACGAUCACCAGAUGUGGCCCAACGAUCUGGCCAUGCAACCCGACUUGCAGGACAUGCUCGGGCCCGAGCAAGGCUAUGAGGGCCUGUACGGGACGCGGCCCUCCUUCCACCAGCAAGGCUACGAUCAGAUACCGAUAGAUUCAAUGCAGGGCCUCGAGAUCGGCGGAGGAUUCGGAAUGGACAUGGACAUCGGAGAAGCUGACGGCGCCGGUGCCGCAUCAGCAGACUUGGCUUUUCCAGAACCGCCACUCGACAAUAACAACGUCGCCGCCUGGUACGACACAGACCUUUGAAUUCAACAACAGCACACCAAAAUUGUUGUAUAAGGCAUUGUUCACAUAGCAAAAAUCUGACGUGCGGUCAAACGUUCUGCACCCGUAGUUAAGGUUUCUGAAUGUCAGAUCGGCGUCCGCGCUAACGCUUUGAUUCCCACCAAGAAGAUUAGUAUGUUCUAAAAUAUUUUCUGUUAAUUUGUAGAACAUUUUAAGUUUUACAUAUCAGUGGCAGUUUUCUCACUCGAAAUCACUAGGGGCUUAGAAAAAGAGUGUUAACGCGCAGUGCGUAAAGCAAAAGCUUGUCUUCGGAUGGACACACGCUGUGUUAAUUCUAUUGAAAUCAAUCAGAUCUCUAUAUUUAAAGAAAAUAAAUUGUUAGAUCUAAAAAAGAAAAGUGAAAGGGAUUCAUGCCACUCUUUUAGACCAGCCAAUUUAGUAACCUAUGUUUAGAAAUCCGUGUACUACAGAAUUAGAAACAAAUGUGUAUUUCUAAAAGAGUUUUCGUGUGCGUGUUAUUGUCUAAGUGAUUUUACUUGAUUUCAGCUUCCUCGCUUGUGAACUAUAGUACGUAUAGUGUAUGAAUGUCACGCGAAUAUGCGCGUUAUGUUUUUGCCAUCUGAACACAGCCUAAGAGUGUAAGACCAGGACACGAGUACAAAAUAACAGUAGUGAAUUCAUCAAAUCAUUAAUAGUGAAUUUGAUAAAUGGGUUUUUAAGUACUAUACUAACUUAGGAACAAAAUUUCAACUAAUUGCCCUCUUACGCUAAGAAUGAGUUUUGUUUUAAUGUACUUGACGGAGUGGUGUUUUAAGCUAGACGUUUUAAGCUAGACACAUAAUGUUCAAACGCUACUCUGAACUCUCGAUUACUUUUAUUAUUACCUACAUCUAUAUAUCUCAUUUGUCGAUGCAUUUUAAUUACCUUUACAGUUGACAAAGGUGCGGGUUUUAUGAAAAAAAUCGUUCUUUAACAUCAAAUAUCAGUGAAAAUGCUAAUUGAAUCUAAAUAUGUAUUCAAUUCGUAUCUGCUUUCUAAACACUGUCCACUAAUGUACCAGGGCGAUGAACAAAUAUGUGUCUACCUUAAAAAUAAAUAGUGCGUUAAUAAGUUAUUGUUGAAACGAAUAAAGAAUACGAUUAAGUUUUUAUCCAACGACUAUUGUUUUGCAACUUAUAUAAUAUUAAGAUCUCAUGGAAAUCGUUAAAUCAUGACAUUUAACUCGCAAGAGUUUCAAAUCAGAAAUGUUCAAUUCUGUGAUAUAACAUUCUUUGAACAUAUCAAAGGCAGCUGACCUAAUUUAUAAAUUUAAUGUUUUUACUUAAAUAAAACUGCAUUUUUUCAGACUAACAAUAUAUAGUAUAUAAAUUGUAUCAAUAAAUAAUUAAUAUAAGUUACGAUAUAAAAAUCAAUCGCAACAAAAUAGCUUUUAUGUGUUCAAUUAACAUUUAAUUGAAUACAUGAAAGCUAUUUUGUUGCGAAAUCUAGCGAAAUUGCGAAUCUUAGAAAGAAUUGUUUACCUUCCGGUAACACAACAUAGAUUAACAAAAAUCGCAUGGUUCAUAAAGGGAUGUAUUUCAAAGACAAAUGUUAAGUUUAUUGAACAAUUUACAACCUAUAUCUUACUUUUUUAUUCUGAAGGCGAAGGAAUUCUUAAAUAUCAUUGGUGCUACCCCCUGGAAAAAGUAUUCGAAAUUAUUAUUAUUAUUAUAAUAGAGAAAAUCGAUUGAAUAUUACCGCCCUGCAUUGAUUAUAUCGAGUUUUGUACGCGAACGUAUGAAAUGCGUGUAAUCGGAGAAUAGGGUAUUGUUUACACUAUAAGAUAUGACAUAGGCUUUAAAUUAAUACUUGAUAGAAAGUACGAUUCAUUUAAUAUGUACGUGCAUUUAUGGAGUUUGUAGUGUGUUUUUUUUAAUUGGUUGAUAUAUUUUGCUGAAUGACAUUUUUUUUUAAAUUGAAUGAUGCAUAAGACUGUUUGAUUGCGUAAGUUAUGUUUUUUAUAUUGGCGAUUGACUGCCGUUUAUGUUUAUAUCGAAAUCAUGGAAUCGUUCACCUACGCUUACGUUUAUCCGCUAUUUACGUUUUUAACAUUUAUUGGUACCAUUUUAAAUAGAAAAUGAAGUAUCUGGAACUAGUUCCAUCUUUUUCUGCAAGGAAAGUUGUAAAAGGGGUAGCACUUUUAGAACUAUCAUUUUUUUUAUCUCUUUCUCUAUAACUGAAUUAGUAUACCAUUCUCCUCGUGUUCAACGUUUACAAGUAGUAAAUGUAAAAGAUAACACGAGGGGUCGUUUUAUGCUAUAAAAACGGUAGUUGCAACAAACUUUGAACUCUGAAUAAGGGAAGUUAAAGUUGAAAACGGCAACAGCGUUUAAAAUCGGGCAUUACAUGCGACGGAAGUACCAUAAUUCAAGCUUAAGUUACGUACGUGAAUAGCGGAUUGAUGUAAACAUAGACAUUAAUUCAGAUAUAACAUGUCCUUUGAAUGCAAUUUAAUUUUUACUGUCUCUUAUAAAUAAAUAGAUGUUUAUUGCCAAAACUGUGCUAAACUUUGUAAGUUUGUCAGUCGCGCGCGCGAUAAACUAUAAAUCCCAAUCCAUUUUAUUUCCUGAAACUGUUUUACUAUUGGCUUAUAUUAUCGGCAACAAUAAUAUAAAUAAAUUCAGCCAAUAAAAAGGAAUGGGAUGAUCGCAUCAAUAAUUAUUACAGGUUUAGUAUAUUACGCAUUAUUCAUGAUUUGAUACAAAAAUGAAAACUUUUCUUAUACAGGAUUACUUAUGACAUUUGAAUUUCAGAAUAUUAUUUUGUUUGCUCGUUUUAGUUGCCGAUUAGAUCAUGAACAAACUAAUUAACUAGGUACCUAUGAUUAAUGUGUAGUUGAUUAAUUAUUGUCAGUAUAGUGACGUGUUUUACGGCAAACGGAUGUUUUUAACCAUGUAAUAAUCUGUAGGAAUCUUUUUAUUCAUGUUAAGGUGCGUUUACACUAUAAACUAAGUAUAUUUGUGCCAAAAAAUAAUAAUUCGUUUGCAUUUAUUUCUCAAAAACAAAUGAGGUGGAUCUUUGUUAUGAGUAGUUGACGCUACAAUAAAGUUGAUCGAUUUAAUUAAAACAUUAACUUUAAUAGUUUACUCAAGUCAUUUAUUUAUUUAUAAAUUGAAUAAUCUUUAUUCAAUAUUUUUGCAUGCCUAUCCGGGAUGUUAAGGUGGCCCUUACCGGACCGAUGUGUUAAUUUCUAGUGUCAUUCUAGUGUUAAUAUCCUCAAAACUAAGCAAGAUAUACUACACAUAAUGUACACCUAAAUCUAAACAUAAAAGUUACAUUUGAUUUCUAAUUUAUGACCCCAGUUAUGAAAUUUAAGCAAUUCAAUCAGGGGAAAUUACAAAAGUAUAUGUUGUUAAGAUUAAGGUACGGUUAACGCGAUGAAUGUUGGAUGGUGAUGCGGCCGGCUAGCGUUACCUUAAGAUACCAGUGUAUUAUAGGUUUUUACGCACACAGUGUAUACGUAUCUUAACAAUAAUGUGUUCUAUAGUAAAAUAAUGAUAUCAAAAUGUUUAGGAGAUGCACACUAACGUAACUACAUACACGUAGAGUUAGAUUAAUGUAACCGUAUAAUUGUAAGGAUUAGUAUUAAUUGCGUAAUUCCUUUUUUUAGGGUCCUCAUAUAUAAUUUUUCUAUUUGAUAUUUUAAGUAACUUUACCAAUGUUUUUAUACUAGUUCGAUUAUAAAGACAUUGCUGAAGUAAUGAGGUUUUUUGUCCAUUUAUGUAUGGAUAUUAAAUUAAAUUUAAAAACAUAA